AUGUCAAAAAGAUUAUUAAAUGAAGAGGAAGAGGAUUUUGAAUUAGAAGAUGAAAAAUUAGUAGAAAUGUAAAAAGUACUAAAAACCAAUGAAGAUGAUUCUGAUUCAGAUAUUGUGUUUUCAGAUGAUGGAAAAGAGAAUCUGGCUUCAGAUGAUGAAUCAUUUGUAAGUAAUAAAAUUUCAUCAAAUAAUCACGAAAAUUCAUUUACUAAAGAAGAUUUAGAUGAAUUUGAAAAUAGGUUCAGAACAUAUUUACUUGAUUAACAUCAUAAAACAUUUUAAUAAUAUAAUGAAAUCAUUUAGAACUUGCAGCAGACAAUGAAGAUCAAACUGAUAAGAUAGAUUAUUUCUCUAAUUUUGUUAAUGAUAUCAUUACUUUGGUAUUUAAUCCAUUUAUAACUACUAUUAUGUGGUUCUUUUUAUGAUGAAUCAAAUUUAUUAGCUGAUUAUUAGAUUAAUAAAAGUGAAUUUAUAUAUUACUUUUUAUGGACUAUAAUUUUAAUUCCCUUUUAAAUGAUAAUUGACACAUUUGGAUAUAAUUUAGUUGAAAAAUAUCAUCAAUGGAUUUCCUCACUUAUAUUAAAAAUACAAGAGAACGAUUCAGAAAUAGAAAUCUAUUUUGGAAAGCUAGUGAAUUUCAAAAUAAUUUAAAUUGUGAAACAUGAUCGUCCACUUGAUUGCAAUAAUUAAUUUACAUCUAUAAUUUUAGAAUGGCGUUAUUCAUCUUAAUUUUACUUUAUUACCACUUUAUAAGUUUGUGCCAUCUAGAUGAUUAUUUUUGGCUCACACAUCAUUUAUGUCAAUAAAUAUAAUAUAUUUAAUGAUGAAGGUAUCAUAUUAUAAACAUUAUAAGCUCUAAUUUUUAUUAUUUUCUUCUGGGUUGUUGUUGCUUUCUUUCUCCAUCAUCUAUUUUAUUGAAAUUGGUAAAAGAUUAAAAAUCUGGGAUAUCUCUAAAGAAUCUCACCUCAAGAUGAAUAAGUUAUGUCCUCUAUUGGAGAUAUUGAUAAAUUAUCAACUUCUCAAAUAACUUCAGAACCUAAAUUGCUUAUUCCCAAUUGGAAUUUAGCUAUAGAGUUUAGAGAAUAGACUGAAAGACUCUCUGAAAUCAAUAAUAAUUUCCAAGAUUUUACUAAUGAUCAUUUCAAAAAUCUUUUUGUUACUUCUAAUAAGUAAUGGUUAGCAGAUAAUAUCUAAUUAAUGUAUGUAUAAAAUUAUUAAUUAUUUAAUAGAUUAAGUCCAAAAACUUUAAAAUAAAAAAGAAAAAUAAUUUUAGAUAAAUUUAAUUCAAUAUAUGGUCCAUUAGAAAAAAAGAAUGAAGAAAAUCCUGUUGCUGGAUUUGAUAAUGCUUAGAAUUUUAGAUAAUUUGCCAAAAAUUCUUAAAAAAAAAAGAAUAAAAAUGGCUAGAACUUCUCCAUAGAAAUUUAAUAAACGAAUUGA